AUGUCUGAAAAGAUCCAGCCAGUUCCAAGUUCUGGAAGAACUUCUUCCACUAGGAGCAUUGAGGAGAAAAGAGAUGAAAAGACUUAUAGCAAGGGGUCUGCAGAGCUUCUGAGAACCACUAGCUCUUCGUCAGACGCUUCUCUUGACUCCAAGACCAUUGAGAAGUCUUUCGGCGUCAGAAAGUCCGAGACUUUGGUUAAACAAUACGACACUAACCUUCUUAGAGGUAUUUACUUCUUCUCCAUCUUCAUUGCCAUGUUUGUCAAUACCAUUGAAGGUAAUGUGACUGGUGUCUUCAUUGGCUUUGCCACAGACUCCUACAAACAACAUUCGUUGAUGAGUACCAUUGAUAUUAUCAAGAAAGUGAUUGCCGCCGCAUCUUUGCCAGCUUAUGCUAGAUUGUCCGAUAUCUUUGGUCGUGUUGAGUUGUUUUGUCUCUCUUUGGUUUUCAGGACUGUCGGCCUUAUUAUUAUGUCCCAGGCUAACGAUAUCAACCGUUAUGCUGGUGGAAUGGUAUUGUACUCUCUUGGUUCUUCUGGUGGAAGAAUGUUGUGGCAGAUCAACUUGUCUGACGCUUCCAGUUUGAGAUACAGACUUUUGGCUAUUGCUAUUUUGAACUUGCCUGCUAUCAUUAACACCUGGGCUUCAGGAGAGAUUGUCGACAGUUUGUUGGAUAGAUACAGUUGGAGUUUUGGUAUUGCCUUGUGGGCUUUCACCUUCCCUUUGUCUUGUAUUCCAUACUUGGCCUGCUCUGUCCAUAUGAGACUCAAGGCCAGAAAGACUGAAGAGUGGCAGACAAUUUGUGCUGAAGAGAAGGCUUCUACUGUCAAGUUGAACGAGAAGAUGGCCAGGUACGAAAGGGAGUUGGAGAAUGGUGCUUCUCCAGUCUGGAACUACACUAAGAGAACUUAUGCUUGUGUCUACUUCUGGACCAAGGAGGCUGCUUGGAGAGUCGACUUCAUUGGCUGUAUUCUUAUUAUUGCCAUGCUUGGUUGUCUCUUGGUGCCUUUGACUUUGGCUGGUGGUGUCAGCAAGAAAUGGGCUGAAGCAUCUACUAUUGUUCCUUUGGUGAUUGGUUUCUGUCUUAUUCCAUGUUUCGUGUUCUGGGAGAUGAAGCUUGCCACCAACCCAUUGAUUCCUUUCCCAUUGUUGAGAGACAGAGGUAUCUGGGCAGCCUUUUCCAUUGCCAUUCUUUACACCUUUAUCUCCAACAUGCCUAAUUCCUAUGCUUUCCCAGUGUUGUAUGUGGGUAUGAAUGCCAGUAAGGUUGUGGCCACCAGAACGCCAUUGUUGCUUCACUUCGUUUGUGCUUUGACCUUGCCAGCCAUUGGUUUCGUCUUGAGUAAGGUGAGAAGAACCAAGGGUUUCAUCUUGUUCGGUAUCAUGGUUUGGUUCAUUGCCAUGGGUCUUUUCGUCCACUUCAGAGGUGACAACGAUGGUCUUCGUGGUAAGUACUUCCGUGAUGGUGUUGCUGUGGGUAUGUGUUUGCUUGGAUUUGGUCAGGGUUUCUUCAACAGACUUGUUUCUGUCUCUGCCCAGACUUGUACAAACCACGAGUACAUGGCUUCUGUUACUGCUAUGUUCAAUGCUAUCUACCAGAUCGGUGCUUCCUUUGGUAAAUGUGUUUCUGGAGCUAUCUGGACCCAGACCAUGUACGAUACAAUCAAGAAACACAUGGUGGACUUGGGUGCUGACCCUGAGUUGGCUAAGGAUGCUUACAAGGCUCCAUACACUUUCAUUGAAACAUACAAGUGGGGCUCUACUCCAAGAAUCGCUGUUGUGUUGGCCUACGCUGAGGUCCAGAAGAAGCUCUGUAUUGUUGGUCUUUGUCUUUGUGCUCCUCUCUUGUUCUUCGCCCUCUUCUUGAGAGACCACUACUUGAGUGAUGCCCAGUCUUUGGAAGAAGUCGAUGAAGAGCAGCAGCCAACUAAUGCCGACACCAAGAUCUCCAAGAUGGUCUUUACCAACGAUAAUGACCCAAUCUUUAAUAUAUUAAGAAAGGGCUACAAUGCCUUGAAGUUCUGGUGA